CAAACAACCGACGUGCACGAAAUCUUCCUGUUUCUUCUCCCCUCUUACUCUCUUUCCGCAACCGCGCAACACCCGUCUCUAUCGCAACCACCAUCCUCUUCCUCUUCCUCUUCCUCCUCGUCCCCGUCCUCUUGAACUACCCCUCCGACCCAGCCAUGGGAGCCGUCUGCGGAAAAGAAAAAGCCGACCGCUUCUCCUCUCCCGGCCGACCUCUCGGCUCAGCCCCGCCCCAGCCCACGAGCGCCCCGGUUCCGGCAAGGAAAGUCGGCGGUCCACCGCGGCCUCUCGGCGGCGGUGCCCCGCGGCCAUCAACAGCAGACCGCGAGGAGCAGAGAAAAAGAGCCGCCGCAGCCGCAGAAGCCAGAGCGAAAGCGGGCAACAAGGCCAACGGCAAACUGGGUGCACAGCUUGCCCAGCAGAAAAAACAGACUCGCAUCGACACACUCAAUCAGCUUAGUGCGGAGGAGAGAAUGCACCGCGACGCUGAUGCUGCAGCUGAGGCGAGGGCUAAUAACUGAAAAAGUAACCCGAGCCUGCGGAGUCGAUAGGGGCAGAACUAUAUGUCGUCCGAGCGAGGUUUCAUUCCACCCUUGUCAUCAUCAUCGUCGUCGUCAUCUUCUUCCGGUCCCUCUUCUUUUCUCCGGUCAUCUAAUGCUUU